AUGGCUGCUUCUUCAUCUUCUCAACCUAAAAGAUACGACGUGUUCAUUGCUGAUGUCCGCGAUGGUGUCCUCAGCCAUCUCCAUAAAGCAUUGGUCGAGGAAGGAAUCGAUGCUUUUGUCGAUGAAAACCUCGAAAGGGGAGAGGAUGUCACAACUUCCCUCUUAAAAACGAUCGAGCAAUCUUACAUUUCUCUAGUCAUUUUCUCGAAAAAAUAUGCGUUUUCUCCUUGGUGUUUGGAAGAGCUCGUGAAAAUUUUCCAUUGCAUGAAGACUACGGGACAGAUAGUCAUACCGGUUUUUUAUAGAAUAGAUCCAACUCAUGUUCAAGAGCUGACCGGGAGUUAUGGUGGUGCAAUUGCUAAGUAUAAAAGGAAAUGCAAGUACUCCUUGGAUAAGGUGGAGAAUUGGUGCGAUGUUUUGAAAGAAAUUGCAGUAUUGUCAGGGUUGGUUUCGCAAGAUGUUAAGCAUGACUCUAUUCUUAUUGAGGAAAUUAUUGAACAUGUUAUAAAGAAUUUGGAAAGUUUGUAUCCACUCGAUUCUUGUAAGGAUGAUUUAGUUGGAAUGGACUCACGGGUGAGCAAAGUUGAGUCAUUAUUAUGUCUUGAGUCGGUAGAUGUACGAGUUGUAGGAAUUUGGGGAAUGGGUGGUAUUGGAAAGACCACAAUUGCUAACGAAGUGUUUAAUAAAAUUCGUCAUCAAUUUCCGAAUCAGUGCUUCAUUGAAAGGGUCAGGGAAAAGUUAGAAAGUUACACACCUGAUCGUUUACAGAGUGAAAUUCUUUCAGAAUUACUGGAAACAAAAAAUUCAAAUACAGCUGCUCCCAUUUCACUAUCACCUUUUAUUAGAAAAAGGCUCUCGCGAAAAAAGGUUCUUCUUAUUCUUGAUGACGUGAAUGAUUUUGAUCAAGUAGAACGUCUGAUUGGACAAGUUAAUUAUGGUCCGUGGAGUAGAAUUAUCAUGACAAGCAGAGACAAACAACUGUUGAAGAAUUGUGGUGCAGAAAUAUAUGAAGUUGAGAAAUUAUACGUGACGGAAAGUGUUUGGCUCUUUUGCUUGCAUGCAUUCCGGAAAAGUACUCCUGAAGAAGGAUACGAAAUACUUUCAGGAAGUGCUGUGGAGUAUGCUCAAGGUCUUCCAUUAGCUCUUAAGGUUUUGGGUUCCAAUUUAUAUGGCAAAAGUAAGGAAGAGUGGGAAGAUGAAUUACAACAAUUACAAGAUACAUCAGAUGAUAAAAUUCAAAAAAUACUAAGAAUAAGCUAUGAUGGACUAUCUCCGAAGGACAAAAAAAAUUUCCUAGAUAUUGCUUUUUUUGUUAAUUGGGAACUUGACAGGAAUGUGGUUGCAAGUAUGUUGGGCAUUCCUGGCUCAAAAAUUGGAAUAAGUCGUCUCAUUGACAAGUCUCUCAUAUAUGUAUCAUUAAGUAAUAAGUUGGGUAUGCAUGACUUGAUACGACAAAUGGGCAAGGAUAUUAUUUGCAGCGAAAACCAACUUGGCAAUUGUCGCAGGUUGUCGCAUCCCAAGGAUAUAUGUCACGCUGUCGAACAGCCUGAGACAUCUGAUGCUAAUUUGCAGGGGACUGAAGCAAUUAGAGGUAUAUCGCUAGACAUGUCAAGAAUAAAAGACGUGCAGUCUAGUCCUAAAGCAUUUGAGAAAAUGGAAAAUCUUAGAUAUCUCAUAUUAUAUGAUAAAGAUGAAGAGGCCGGAGGAAGAUAUCCCAUAUUUUACGAUACAGAUGAAGAGGGAGGAAACAAAAUACAUCUUUCUGAUCACCUUAAAUCUUUGUCUGAUGAACUAAGGUUUCUCCAUUGGAAAGGAUGCCCUUUGGAGUCUCUGCCGUUUAAUUUUUGUGCAGAGAAACUUGUUAAACUUGAUAUGGUCGGGAGCAAACUUAAAGAACUAUGGACAGGAGUUCAGGAUCUUAAAAAUUUGAAAUCGAUUGAUCUCAAACAUUCGAAGGAUCUAGUUAGAAUUCCAGACUUGUCUAAAGCCGUAAACCUUGAAGUUUUGAAGUUAGGGGGCUGCAGUAGUUUGGUUGAGAUUCCCCCAUCAAUUAAAUAUUUGACCAAGCUUAUUGAUUUGGAUUUGUCCAGAUGUUCAAGUCUUUGCAGCUUACCAAGUUGUCUUCAUUUGGAAAGUCUUAAGAGGCUUGAUCUCAGCUUUUGCCCGAACAUCAGGAUGUUACCAAACAUUGCGUGCUACGAAUGUCAUUCUGGAUUAGAACGUGCUCCCGUAUCAUAUCAACUUUCUUCAUUGCGUUUAGUUGCUUGUUUUAAGCUAGAAAGUCUACCCGACGGUAUUUGCAAUCUAAAGUAUCUCACUGAUUUAUCCAUCGAAUACUGUGAAAAUCUGUAUCGACUGCCUGAGAACUUUGGAAAUUUAGAGUCUCUAAUGAUCCUUAGAGCAGAUAAAAGUGGUCUAAAAGAGUUACCAGACAGCAUUUGCCAUCUCAAGUCUAUUGAAUGGCUACAUUUCACUGCUUGUAAAAAUCUAGUAAGAUUGCCGUUGGGUCUGCUAAAUUUAGAGUCUCUAUGGGGCUUGAAAGUAAAAGAUUGCACAUCAUUAAAAACAUUAUUCCAGUUGGUGAAGGAAGAACACUAUCGUCUCCUGUUUGCAUUUGAAAAUUGUGUGAAUUUGGAAGAGGAGGAGCGUAAUAAAAUGAUGGAUUACGUAUUUGAAAGACCUUGGCUUAAUCGUCCAUAUAAGUUCAUGAUCUCAAACCAGCAAAAGUUAUGUAUCCCCGGAAGUGAAGUAGAGAAGAGGAUGAAGUACAAAAAUAAGAAUGGAUGUUCAAUGUCUUUCCAACAAUUUGAGCGAUUGUUGGACGUUCGAGGGUUAUAUUUUUGUGCUGUUUUUGACCCCAAUUUGUUCCAUCUUCCUCUUGAUCCUUCUUUAAUUCCAGUUCACGUAGUCGAUAUAGGAUGUGAUGUUGUUCUUACAGACGAACAUAGACGCUCAUCAACCAGACUAGUCUGUGAAAGCGCCUAUGUCCCAAAUUUUCGAUCAAAACAUGUUUUUCUUUGGCGUGACAAGUUUAAACUGCCAGAUAACCCUCCUCUCGGUCAAAUAGAUUUCGUGUUCUUCAUUUCAAAAACUGGUAAUUCAGAACUACGAUGUGAUGAUGCCAUAAUCGAGUGUGGGGUGCAUCCAGUAUUUUGUGAUGAGUUAAUGAUCGAUUGCUGUAAAACAGACUCAUAAUGGGUCGAUUGUAGCCUAUACGAAGCACAAAUGAACCUUGUACUCCUCAAGUAACGGAAUGCAGAAAAUGAUAAUUCGAGAAAUAUACAACAGACUAUUCAGAACGACGAGCAAUAUCCUAGAUGCAAUCAACUCAACACGAAAUCCAUGCCAUGGAAUUCGCCAUGAUCUUGAUUCUAUGCAAUUGAUGUUGCAACUCAUCAUCUCAGGUUGAUCGUCUAUGGUCCGAUUUGCUGCCCGCCUAGUGUUUAUACUUUAGAGCCGGGAUUGUGUGUAUAUAUAACUUAAUUUGAUUUACUAGUUCUAGUUUUCUUCCUCCUUGUCUUUGUUGAGUUUUUG